UAAAUCAUUUUAACUUUCAAGAAGAUUAUUGUUGUCACCGACGCGGUACUGCGUACGUUAGCAAAUCUCCCAAACAAACAUCCAGUUCUCAGAUCCAAUCGGAAACCCUCCAUUGAAUCACACACUCACUCACUCCUCACUCUUCAACUUCAUCAACCACACACACUAAACAUUAUAUCCAUCAUCGAAUCAACUCAAUGUCACCAACAUCACUUCAUCAAAGACCACUUCACAAACCCUACACUUCUUUAUUCCAAACCUCAUCAUCCGAUAACCCCUCAAAACCCUACAAUUUCUCCAUGAUCCUAAACCGAACAACCUUCUUGCUCCUCCUCACUCUCCUCAUCAUCCUCGGUGUCUUCUCGCCCUGGAUCAGUAACAGUUCCACGUUUUUCACACCUUCGAUUGAAGCCAAAUGGAGAGGAUAUACGCUACCGGAAGCGGUUUCGUUUGUAGCGAAGAACGGGAGCACGGUGAUUGUGUGUGCGGUGAGCCAGCCGUACCUGCCGUUUUUGAAUAACUGGUUGAUUAGUAUUAAGCGGCAGAAGCAUCAUGAGAAGGUGCUUGUUAUUGCUGAGGAUUAUGCCACUCUGGAUAUUGUUAAUGCCAGGUGGCCUGGUCAUGCUGUCUUGAUUCCUCCUGCUCCUGAUGCUCAAGUUGCUCAUAAGUUUGGAUCUCAGGGAUUCUUCAACUUCACUUCCAGAAGGCCGCGCCAUUUACUUCAAAUACUAGAGCUUGGAUAUAAUGUGAUGUACAAUGAUGUUGAUAUGGUCUGGUUAGCGGAUCCAUUUCUGUACCUUCAAGGAAAUCACGACGUGUACUUUAUGGAUGACAUGUCUGCUGUGAAACCACUGGACCACCCUAAUGUCCUGCCACCACCGGGUAAAAAAGGGCGGACGUAUAUUUGCAGUUGUAUGAUAUACAUGCACCCAACACAGGGUGCGAAGUUAGUGAUGAAAAAGUGGAUUGAAGAGCUUCAAAUUCAACCAUGGUCAAAAGCAAAGAAAGCUAAUGAUCAGCCUGCUUUCAACUGGGCAUUAAACAAAACAGCCGGACAGGUUGAUCUGUACCUGUUACCUCAAGCAGCAUUUCCUACUGGUGGAUUAUACUUCAAGAACAAGACAUGGGUAGAUGAAACCAAAGGGAAACAUGUUAUUAUUCAUAAUAAUUACAUAGUAGGUUUUGAAAAGAAGAUAAAGCGGUUUAAAGACUACAACCUUUGGUUGGUUGAUGAUCACGCAUCAGAAUCGCCACUUGGCAAAUUAGAAUGAACCGAAGAGUCUCUUGUUUAUAGUAGAGCCGAACAUUUUUUAUCGGAUAGCCAUGAAGCUCAUGAUCGAUUUAGCAAGUUAUCCGUUGGUCAAGAUUUCCCAUAGGCAGAAACGCUAAAGCAUCAAGUUGAUUUUUGUCUUAAUUGUGUCACAGAGCAUGAAAAUUCACAGGAAAUCAAGCCUCUAUGUUGUCUUUUGUAGAAGUUCUUUAGUUUUUGAAGUGCAUGAUUUUUAAUUUAUGUUAUUACUUUUCUCUCCCUGUUUGAAAACACUGAAAUCAGUAUGGGUCACAUUGGAGUUUGGACAUGCAUUAAUUUGUAUGUAGAAAAAAUGUCUUAGUUUUGAACACUUUUUUAUUGUUUUUUAAGGUGAAUUUAUAUAAAUAUUUACUAUAGUUGGAGUUGUUAA